GGCGGCGCGCGGCGGCCAGUAAGCACCCGCCGUUCCCCGACACCCGCCCCGCCAGGGGCGGGGAGCGGGCCCAGGCUGCACUUAAAAGGCGACUGCUAAGCAGUCGCAAGAUUUUUCCUCGACAGAUCCUGCCGCAGUCUGCUCCCUUUCGCCCGCCACCGCCAGCCCGCGUCCUCCGCCGGCGCCUCCCGGUUCCCGCCGCCGCCCUCUCCGAUCUCCGGGACAAGGUAACGCGCCCCGGGCCGAGCCUCCGGGCCCUCGGUGCUCGCCCUAGUGGGUGUGGCUCGGCCUCUGCCGCGCACCGCCCCGGCCCCUCGCUCCCUGCCCCCACCCCCGCCUGCAGCUCCGGCGCCCGAGUUCGGCCAGAUGUCCGAGGCGGCCGGAAAUCUCAAUAGCCUCCGCAUGGCAAACGUGGCCCUGAGAGAAGAAUUAAAUGCCCUGCGCGGGGAAAACGCCAAUUUGGGCCUUCAGCUCGGAAGGGCCCUGGCCGAGGUGAAUUCCCUGCGGGGCAAUGUCUCGAGCUAUAGCCGCUGGCCGGUGCCGGUGGUGCCGGUCCUUGCCGAGGAGAACUUUGAGUUCCCGCUCAAUGAGAUUGACGCGGACCCUGAGGGAGAUCUGCCCUUCUUGUGCUGGCCUCCCCCGCGCUCCGAGCCCGAGUACGCCCCCGACGAACUGCUGAUUAGCGUGAUCCAGGAUUGUGGCACCUCCGACGGGUCAGCCGACCCUCCCCCGCUGCCCAUGCCGCCCGCGCCGGCGCUGCCCUCCACCGCGUCCAAGGAGCUGUCCCGGCAGCCGCCUCUGCCGCCGCUGGAGCGGCCUGCCGUAGGGCCCUUUACCGGCGACCCAGUCUACCUGGCUGAAUUCCUGAUGCAGCUAGAGACCUUCAUAGCUGACCACGAGGAUCAUUUUCCCAGGGGCGCUGAUCGGGUGGCCUUUCUGAUCACCUUUUUCACUGGUGUGGCCAAGGACUGGGCGGUCUCGGUCACUCGGGAAGGAAGCCCCCUGCAUGCCAACUUCCCACGCUUCCUGGAUGAAAUCCGGAAGAAAUUCCAAGGCCCCAUCCCGCGAAGUGUGGCCAAAAGGGCCAUCCGCAAGCUCAAGCAGGGAGACUGUACCCUUGGCAGCUAUGCAGAUGCUUUUCAGUUCCUGGCCCAAUUCUUGUCUUGGGAUGACUGCCGCCUUCAAAAUCAAUUCCUUAAAGGCCUGUCAGAAUUCUUCCGCAAGGAGCUCUUAUGGUCAACUGAAAUGGCCGACCUGGACGAGCUGAUUCUUGAAUGUGUGGAGAUAGAAAGAAAAGUGCGCGUACCCAAGCCGAUGCCUCUCCCUGGGGUUCGCAAUGUCUUUUUCCCUUUUGCGGCAGACCCUAACAUCAUUGACAGUGAUGACGAUGAUGAGUACUUAAGUGGGGAAGAUGAAGAGGCACGCAGGGUCCGACUUUAUGACAAGGACCAGCGGAGACGCGUGAGAGCUGUUCAGCGAGAGGAGAAGGAGGAGGAUGAGAGGAGGAAGAAGAGGGAGGAAGAGAUGAGGAAAAAGCAGGAGAAGAUGAAACAGAAGGACGAUGACGAGGAGGAGGAGCAGGAAGAAGAGGAGGAGGAAGAGGAGAUGAGGAAGAAAAAUGAAGAGGAAGAGGAGAACAAGGAUGAGGAAGAAGAUGAAGAGGAGGAUGGGGCCCAGGAACCAGAGCAGGAGCAAGAGUUGGAGGAUGAGACCCAAGAUGACGAUCUAGAUGAGAUCAUGGAGAUGGAGCCCACCGUUGCCCACGCUUCAUCCCAGACUACUGGCUACUAUCAUGAAAAUUUCCUAGAUAUAUCUCCUCCCAUAAUACAGCCCAGCAGACGGAGGAACCAGAACCGAGUCCCACUUCUGGAGGGCCUUCCAGGUACCAAUUCACCAUUCUACAGUUCUCCACCACUGAUUCGCCGCGCAGGUCGCCUGGGGCAACGGCAAAUUCGAAGACGGCCCCCGGUGCUCUUCCGCCUCACUCCCAGACAGGGGGGCCACCGGGCUGCACGCGGCCGAAUUCGUGUGUGAGCACUGGGGCGAGAUGGCCACUCAGAACACACCCUUCCACUGCAUCCCCUGUCCCUGCUAUCGCUGCCACACUUGCCCUGUUUGCUGACCAGUCCUUAGGGGAGUGCCAGACCUGCAGAACCUGAAAAAGACCUGUAGAACCCCAGAACAUCUUGCAACCACGACCAGAGUGACAUGUGCCCGACCAAGGCCGCCUGGGAAAGGAAAGUGAUCAACAAAAGCUGUCCUGUUGGCAUACACUCUGCUCAGGCCUGCCACACGCUGGAGAGCAGAUUUCUGGGCCUGUUCCUGUUAAUGAACUGGUCGCCCUUUUGUAACCCCUCUAGUUGUUCCUAAUCCUCACUUCUCCUGCGUUUAUUAGCCCUGUGUUCUACGGUUGUGUCCUCUGACUGGCUCACCAGGACUUCACCCAAUGCCUCUCUGAGCUGCCCCAGUGAAUGAAAGGACAGGCCACACCAAACUCCUAAAGCCACCGAGGCCCCUUACACAGAGAACAAAAUGGUAUCAAGAAAUGUGCCUAGAAGCCUGUACUUGCUUCAAGCUACACCUCCAGCAGAAGGGCCCGGAAGAGGCUCCUACAUCUAGUCCAGUGAGUGUGUUCAAAGCCACAUUUCAAAUUGACAGCUUGGCUGAGAUUUGUCCUUGACUGACUGGGCAAGCUGGUUCCACCUUCCCACAGACUUCUGUAUCGGGGACCUUGGACCAGCUUGCCAAAUCUGGGGCCCUCUCUGACCACACUGCCUCCUGGGGCAUCACCAGUGGACGGAGCCCAAUGUCACAGGCUCUACCCCUUUCCUAGAUGUUGCCUAAAGGGUAGACAGUUGGGUGGGGGAGGAGGAGGAGGAAGAAGCAGCAGCAAGAAUUCAGUUUGACAUUAUAAUGAAUGAUUCCUCCUGAGGGACGGUGUUCUCUACCCCGUGCCAGGCCUUAGACUGCAGCCCUCAGCCAAAGGUCUUUGCAGGAGACUCGCCAUCCUUGGGUUCCAGAGGCCUAAUUGGCUUUGCUUUCCCAGACUGCCAAAGAAAGAAGGGCCCAAGGCCUGUUCUUUAACUUUGAUUUAAAGGAUUCCCUAGUUCUGAGAGGAGGGAGGAAGGUUCUCUCUACAGAGACUGUACCCACUGCAGCCUUGCAGCCAAGAUGUCCUCAUAUCUCUCACAUGGGGGCCAAGCCAUGGCCUGGUGCUGGGCCUUGGUUAGAUGGUGAGGCUUGAGAGGGUGACUGCCUCCUAGGACUCCUGGGACUAGGGGUAUCUAGUACCUUAUAAAGAGUCCCACUGCUUGCCUUGGGUCCAGACAACACUGCUUCUGCAGUGAAAUACACACUAUGUCAUCCUGGCCACAGAAAGCCAGCCAAAUCCACUGAGCUGCCCUUGACACUGAGCUUCCCGCACAGUGCCUAGUGGCUGGGCAGGUGCAGCCAAAGUGUCUGUGGCCAGAGGGAAGAAAACAGUAAAUUCAACCUCUGUUCCUCACUGAGUCUGACAGAUAACCUCAGCCCAGCCUUAGGAUUUUGAGCCUGGAGGUAAGAGGAAGGAGCUGGAGGAAGAGGAGUCACAGAGACACCCAGUCCCCUGGCUGGUUUCUCGUGAGGUCUCUAUUCAUCACUGGGAGUGUUUCCUUGCGGCAUCUUUUCAAAGCUGAGAUCAUCCUGUGAACUCUUGAUCAGCACCAUUUAAAAUGGCUGCCACCUAUGCAGUCGUGCAUACUAAAUAAUUUAUUGAAGCAUUCUUCUAAUUUGCUGGACAUUGCAAUUGCCUAGUUUUCUCCAUCCCUGCCAGGUCAGGCAUGAACAACCCUGUAAAGAAAAUUUUGUUUGUUUUUCAGCUAUAUCCUCAGGAGAGAGUUCCAGAAGGGGAACUACUAUUCUUCAAGGCUGUGGACCCUGUUUGCUGAUGUUCAACAUGCUGGCUCUGCUGCCCAUGUCCCUGCCAGAGAAGUGCAAAGGACAGGUGCCUUGCACCCCCACCUCCAGGGACCCCUCAGCAGGACAGCUGCCCGUUCCCAUGGUGCUUCUCACCCUGAGCCCUUGUAUCCUCAGCUGGGGAAAGAGUAGAUGAGCAGUGAGCUGUUUUCUGGCCCUAUGGUGGCAAGGGGGCUUGGGCUCCCAUUUGACCCUCUUCCCCACUUUCCCAGAUCUUCAGUAUUUGUUAUGAUGUAACAGCCACGAGAGCUGUAAGAGGAACUAUGGGCUUUGGGUGCCUGCUUGGGUUGAAAGAGGGAUGGGGGAUGGGGGGAGAAAUGCAUGCAGGGGUUUGAAGGCAGCCCAAGGAUUCCCAGAGACUCGGGAGGAAACCCGUUUGAAUUAAAUGUGUUAUUGUUAUUGUGAUAUUGUUGCCUUACUGUGUUGUGAAGAUAAGAAAUUGUUGUGUAUGCUAAAGCUUUCUCCUCAAUAAAAAUAUAAAGGGUGUGUCAA